AUGGCCAAGGUUGUCGCAGGGUUUAAUUGGUCGGGGUGCAAAGGGCGCGGGAAGUCGGCAUGCAUCAGUUACUUUGGUGGAGGCGGAGGCACACGAGCCUGCGCAGUGUUCCCGUUGGGAAGUAAUGCGCCGACCGUCAUUCGUUCGCGAGUGCACAGUGGGACGUCACCUCUAUUUCGUAGAGGAGCAAGGCGUCCACUCGCGUCCUGGGAAAGGAAAAGACGGGGAACAAAAUUUCAUUGCGCUACAGCGCGAGCGAAUAGCACAAAAGUACGCGUGCGCGAUCGAGCGCGUACGCGGCGCCACCUGCGCACAACGACGAGCCGCGAGCAUGUACGGAGCACGGCGCUGCCGCGCGUAGCGAGCCACGCCGUGCGCGCCAUCGCCAUGGGCUGCGCUUCGUCCGCUGAGGAACGUGCUGCCUUAGCACGUAGCAAGCAAAUUGAAAAAAACCUUAAGGAAGAUGGCAUCCAAGCCGCCAAGGACAUCAAGCUGCUGCUCCUCGGUAAUGGAGCCUGUUUCUCUCUCGCUCUUGUUUCGUUUGCUUUGCGCGCGCACUCCUACUGGAGCUCUAUCGACUGCGUUUCAGAUAGCCCUGGCACGAUUCAACAAUAUUUGUGCUUGUUGAUCCGAUUUAUGUUCUCUUUCGUGUAUGAAUCAGUUUCACGCAUGUGUGAGCGAGUUCGCACGAAAAGUACCGAACGCACCCGAACGUCAGUCGAGCGGGGCGCGGUCGCCGUCAGUCGUCACGGAGUGGAGCUGGGUGGCUCCGGUAAAGCCGGAGCGGCAGGACGCGUGUGGAGCGUAUGCAGAGAGAGCGGUGAGAGUGCGCCCGGCUCUGGAGUCGGGGCGGACGGCGGAUCAGGCACACAGACAGCUGCCAAAAUGGGGUGCGCGCAAUCGGCAGAGGAGCGCGCGGCGGCAGCUCGGAGCAAGGCGAUCGAAAAGAGUUUGAAAGACGAUGGAAUCCAAGCAUCCAAAGACAUUAAACUGUUGCUGCUAGGUGCUGGAGAGUCGGGCAAGAGUACUAUAGUAAAACAAAUGAAAAUUAUUCACGAAAGUGGGUUUACGAAUGAAGACUUCAAACAAUACCGGCCCGUGGUUUACAGCAAUACCAUUCAGUCGUUGGUCGCCAUUUUGCGCGCCAUGCCCAACCUGGGUAUCACCUACGGGAACAAGGAGCGUGAGAGCGACGGGAAGAUGGUGUUCGACGUGAUCCAACGGAUGGAGGACACGGAACCGUUCAGCGAGGAGCUGCUCGCAGCGAUGAAGAGGCUGUGGGCGGACUCCGGGGUGCAAGAGUGCUUCGGCCGCUCUAACGAAUACCAGCUUAAUGACUCCGCGAAAUAUUUCUUGGACGACCUCGACCGGUUAGGUGCUAGAGACUACCAGCCGACCGAGCAAGAUAUUUUAAGAACAAGAGUCAAAACCACCGGCAUCGUUGAAGUACAUUUCUCCUUCAAAAACCUUAAUUUCAAAUUGUUCGACGUGGGCGGGCAACGGUCCGAGAGAAAGAAAUGGAUCCAUUGCUUCGAGGACGUCACUGCGAUUAUAUUCUGCGUAGCGAUGUCCGAGUACGACCAGGUGUUGCACGAGGAUGAGACGACGAACCGUAUGCAGGAGAGUCUGAAGCUCUUUGACUCGAUCUGCAACAACAAAUGGUUUACAGACACCAGCAUCAUCCUCUUUCUAAAUAAAAAGGAUCUGUUCGAGGAGAAGAUCCGCAAAUCUCCGCUCACCAUCUGCUUCCCAGAGUAUACAGGUGCACAGGAGUACGGCGAGGCGGCCGCGUACAUCCAGGCGCAGUUCGAGGCGAAGAACAAGUCAACAACCAAGGAGAUAUACUGCCACAUGACGUGCGCCACCGACACCAACAACAUCCAGUUCGUGUUCGACGCAGUGACCGACGUGAUCAUCGCGAACAAUCUCCGCGGCUGCGGCCUCUACUAA